UGCCGCAGUGUGUGUACAGAGUACGGGACAUGUCAGGCUGGCAACAACAUGGCGAAGGAACUGCUAGAAGAGAUCACGGAACGCUUCCUGGUGUGCAGCGUGUGUCUUGAGGAAUACGACGAGCCGAAGACGCUCCCCUGCUCUCACUGCUUCUGCCGGAAGUGUCUUGAGAACGUCUUAGAUUCUGCCAAGGAGGGACGGAAGCGUACGAGACUGUGCUGUCCUUCGUGCCGCCAGGAGGCAAGGCUGUAUGGGAGGGGCGUGCAGGAAUUGGAGGACAGUCAGUUUUUGAGAAAACUUCAGAAAGUGGUGUCGAGUCGGACUGCUAUGCUUGGAGACGCUGCGAGGGCGUGUUGUGGGCUGUGUCAGUGUAAGGAGGCGGCGGCUACCGCGUUCUGUAAGGGCUGCGAGCACUAUCUCUGCGAGGAUUGCUCCCACACGCACAGGGUCAUAUCCGACGCCGCCAGCGAACAUGAGCUGCUGCAGGUGUCGGGGCAGGAGUGCCCGCCGGCCGAAGGAACCUCCACGCCGACCCGGUCAACCGAAGAACAACGGCAAAUCCACUUGUUCCUGUGUGCACCGUGCGAGUUACUGGUAUGCCUGCACUGCGUGGUGACGUCCCACAGGGGGCACGCCUAUGUCGAGCUUCGCGAGGCGAUUCAGCGGGAGAGGCGACUGGCUUCCCGGCGGGACUACUACCCCGGCUACCCGCUCAGGCGACACACAAGCUCCGGCGGUGAAAGCAGCAACCUGGAUAUAAAGUUAGAGGAAAUGCACAGCGUUAUACAUUUGACUUCUAUGAGGAGAGAUAUAGUCUGAUUUUUUUUUACUGAAAAUUUCUCUGUAAAAGAAAUGCAUGCUUUAUCUACUAUGACUUAAUUUGGGUCUACGCUUGUAGCUAAAAUACACACAGGUCCCACUGGGCUCUAAGUC